AAAUUCAUUGGACGUCAAUGGAAGACUCAAUAUUCGCAUUCAGCAAACUCAGGACGAUAACAUCACCUGGGUUGGGUACAUUGAAGAUCCUAGAAGAGCUGGUGACGAUGAUAUUGGGGCACUUUACUAUGUCGUGGCUGUGAUCCUCAUUUAUGGUCUAUCUAUCGUCAUGAUGAUUGCCUCACAUAUACGGAAGAAUAAACAGGACAACCAGUUGAGGACAUACCUGAAGGAAAUGGCUAAACUCAGGAAAAAUGACCGAAGAGAAAAAGUGCUCAGUAAAAUUAACGACAUCUCCAGAAGCCAUCUGCAGCAUGAAGCCAAACAGAAGCUGCAACAGAAAGUUAAGGACGCGGCUCCAGAGAGUGAGGCUAACACUGAAGCUUUCCAACCGCUAAUGACAAAAGAAACUACUGAAGACACUGCAGAUGUCUCCCUGCAACCAUACUGCUGUAUUUCUGCAGAAUCUCAUUCACCAUCUUCUUCUGAAUGUCAGAACAGUGAUCACCGAGGCAUAAACAGAUCUCUCAGUCAUCUCGAGGGCACUAGGAGAAAGAGCAGCGACUUUCAACUUGCUGGUACUCAAGACUGCAAGACACUGAGACUACAGGAGAAAAGGUCUACAAACUUUAGUGAUCACAAGUCGGUGAUUUCACCGGUGGAAAGAAGACGCGCAAGUAUAAACGAUUUCCAUUUAUCACCUUUGUAUGGGCGGCAGCGUUCCUUAACAGACCACGAGCUCCAACAUCAUCGUUUUACCAAACCUAGAUAUUCACUGCCCAUCGAUCCCAAAAUUCAUCAAAUUAAAACACACAACAUGAAACACACUAACCAACGAGGAGAGAGAAAGCCAUCACUACCAACGAGUUUCCAUGUCGUUAAUGAAGAUGCGGUUUUGUGA